GGGAUUUCUCUUCGCGGGAGUCGCUGCCGUCGUCUUUCCCUCUCCUGCACUGCCUCUGCCUGGCGUCCUCUUGGUGCACCUCCUAAGAGCUCCUUGCUAUCUUGAAACUAUCAUUGUCACUUUACAUUACUAACCUCUGGUAUCAAUCCCCUGAUUUCCCUCUCAAUCGCUGCAUUGAGUCAUUGUGUUGCCUCGCCACUGACCUUGUACACCGCACCUCAAGGUUUUUUAUUUUAGCUUUGUGUCGAACGGGCAGCACAACUCCAGCCCAAAUUAAUACGCAGCCCUCGCCCCACAAAUAAAUAACUACCACCACCCCAGAUCGAAAAAAUCCAGGUUCAUUGUUCCCCUCUUUGUUCUCUUCUUCCUUUAUUUUUCAUUGGAGAAUAUAACAGCUCUGUUGCUUGCUUCGAGUUCUCGGUGAUCGUGUCGAUGAUCUAACCCGAGGAUUUCGUUGCAUCUCAACGUCCCUUGCUCGAGCUCACUUUCGGACCUUGCCUUCCAUGAGCCCGAAAGAUCUACUACGUUUCCUGUCUAAGCCUGCUAAGCCUCGAUAACACGACUUACACCCAACGUCUAUUUCCUAUUUCCUAUUUUCUAUUUGCUAUAUUCUUUUUCCCUUCUUUUUCUUUCUCUUCUCUAAAAAGCAGAUAUCCUCGUCUGCUGGACCCGAUACUUUGACCGGUAUCGGCAUCUUCAGUACGGGGGUUCAAACCAAAUAGUCAACAUUCCCUUUUCGAAAGGACUCUUCCUUCUCUCUCUCUCCACUCGGCCCCCCUAGCAGUCCGUCUGCGUUUAUUGGGACUUCAUCUAUCUGGCUUGUUGGCCAGCCUUUUCACCAAUCGAUAACGGGCCUUCUCUUCUCAGGCGGACAUUCCCCUGUUCGUCUGGGUAAGCAGAUAGUGCUUCCAUAGCCUUCUUCGUCUGCAGUUUGAUCGGCUAUAGCAGCGCCGCUUCUUGGUUCCUCUCAUUUCCUGCAAUCUUUCCAUCUUUUCCCGGACAAGUCGCUUUUUGCGUCACCCGUCCCCGGAGAUGGUUUAUAUUGGGAUUCCUCCGAAUUACACGAUCUCGCCGUCCUCGUUUUCCGGGACACCGACUUUACAUAUCAAUCAUGAAGCUACUCAGGGCCUAGACUCUAGCAAUGCUUUUGAAGGCCCUGAGAAACUUCUAGAAGUGUGGUUUGCGCCAUCAGCGACAGCUUUAGGCCGUGCGGGACCCGCUGGUCUCAAGGCUGUGCCGGAGGAAAUAUGGAAAGAUAUGUUGGAUCUCGUCAACUGCAAGGUGCUUUCGGUUAUAGCGUCCGAGGAUGUCGAUGCCUACCUACUGUCCGAAUCAAGCAUGUUCGUGUGGCCGCACAAAUUAAUUCUCAAGACUUGCGGCACCACGACUCUGCUUUCAGGGCUUCCGCGCAUCCUCGAAAUUGCAACUCUGUUUGGUGGCUUUCCCAAGGCAACCGCCCCACCGUCUCGUGGAAUUGCUGUGGCGGCUGCCCCGUACCGUGUCUUUUACAGCCGCAAGAACUUUCUCUUCCCUGAUCGCCAGCGCGGUCCCCACCGCAGCUGGAGGGAUGAGGUGAGAACUAUGGACAAGCUUUUCUUGAACGGCAGCGCCUACAUGAUUGGCAAGAUGAAUGGCGAACACUGGUACCUGUACCUGACGGAACCGCACACUAUGCUCACUCCACCGGGGAGCCCAAAUCUCAAGCCCAAGUUUGAGGAAACGGAGACGAAAGUGAUCAACCUUCCUGGAUGCCCUGCAUCCAACGCAGACAAUGAACCCGAUGAAACCUUGGAGAUUCUGAUGACCGACCUCGACGAAGAGAAUGCUAAGCAGUUCUAUCUGGACCACGCAAGUGGCGUGGCCAAGGCUAACUAUCGCAAUUUUGAUAAAGAUGACUGCGAUCAUGUCGAUGUGUUCAGUAAUAACUCUUCUGACUUCAGUGACCCAGACUCGGACGGCGAGCAGCUAUUGCCUUCCGAGUUGACCACCGAGGGCCAUGCGUUGGGAACCGUCGUCUCCGAGUCCUGUGGUCUGGCUGAUGUCUAUCCAAAGAGCAAGUAUCCCGAGUCGCGGGUUGACGCGUACCUGUUCACACCUUGUGGAUUUUCCGCAAACGGCGUUAUCCCGGCGGCUGACGGUGUUUCUGGCACUCACUAUUUUACCGUCCACGUAACCCCAGAGCCUCACUGCUCCUACGCAUCCUUCGAAACAAACGUGCCUCAUUCUCAGAAUGGUCAACAGACUGCAGAUAUCAUCAAACAGGUUGUGAAUAUCUUCAAACCUGGACGUUUCACUGUGACUCUCUUUGAGGCAAAGGCGUCAGAGCCCGGUGAUGGUGACUUGGACGGCAUCAAGGAUCUCAAGGCACUUGAGCGUCAGGCAAUCCGUCGGACAGCAAAAAUGGAACAGAUUAGUGGAUACCGUCGUGUAGACCGGAUUGUUCACGAUCUCGACGGAUAUGACCUUGUAUUCCGGUACUACGAACGCAGCGACUGGAAAGGGGGGGCCCCGAGAAUUGGAGAGUAGAGAGAAAAGAGGGGGAAUUAUUUGACGACAAUUUGAGCAUGCUUUUUUCCCGUCAUUGAUUGAUUGUUUUGCAUUUGUUUUUGUUUGAAACUAAUCUAUACACUCUUUUUCAUAUGCAUUCUGGCUUCGGUUAGUUUGUUAAUAAUCUUAUCCUUUGUGAUUAUUAUUUUUUUUUUGUGCUGUCAGCCUGUCUCUACUGAUAAUUACCGCCAAAAGUCUGUCCAGAAGGCAGAUGUCAUCAUUGUUAAUACCUAAAUCUCUGCUCUUAUAUAUGAAUUGGUUUGCGU